CGAAACUGCAAUAAAAUCAUCUUAUCUAAGUCUUUCCUUCUGCAUUCUCUCCUGGUCUCGUCACUAUUCAUCCUCUCAUUUCAGUAUUUCCCUUUUCGGCAUUGCUAUCAUCACGCUCUUUUUUCUUCCCCAUCCCAGUGCGUUACAUCGCUAUGGCUCGGUCAUGGUGCGUCUCGGCUAUCCUAGCCUUAAAUCUACUUGGUGCGGGCAAUGUUGAUGCCCAUGGAUUACCUGCGGCUCGCCGAGAAGCCUCCCAUAGCAUUUCUGUAGCGGAGACCGACCUCUCAUUACGAGCUCUGCCAGACUCUCCCAGCGGCGAGUAUUCCCCCAAGGUUGUAGACUGCCCCCGAGACCGACCCGUUAUUCGUGCGGCAGACACGCUAUCAGAGGAUGAAGCUUCGUGGAUUUCUAUCCGCAGGAACAACACCAUCAGUCCUCUGCGCGCGCUCCUCGAGAAGGCUGCUAUCCCAGACUUUGACGCCAAAUCGUACAUCGACGGCAUUAGUGAUAACAAGACGGCGCUCCCCAACAUUGGCAUCGCCGUCUCUGGCGGAGGCUAUCGCGCCCUCAUGAACGGCGCUGGCUUCUUGUCGGCCGCUGAUGCCCACAACGGCAAUGAGAACGCAGUCAGUGGUCUCUUGCAGGCGUCGACUUACCUCGCUGGCCUCUCGGGCGGAGGCUGGCUCGUCGGCUCCAUGUUUGCCAACAACUUCUCUUCGAUUCCCGACCUGCAACGCGGCAGUGAUGAAUCUGCUCUUUGGCGCUUCGACCGCUCCAUCUUCAAGGGACCGAAGGAGUCAGGCAUUGGAGCCCUGAAUACCGUCGAGUAUUGGACUGAAAUCGUCUCAGACGUCACCAGCAAGGGGGACGGCUGGGAUACGUCCCUUACCGACUUCUGGGGUCGUGCUCUCUCAUAUCAACUUAUCAACGAUGCUCGAGGUGGCCCGGCCUACACAUUCUCGUCAAUCCAGGAUUCCUCUAAUUUCAAGGAUGCCGAGACGCCAUUUCCCAUCCUUGUCACCGAUGGUCGAGCCCCUGGUGACAAAAUCAUCUCGUUCAACGCCACCGUCUUCGAGUUCAAUCCUUACGAACUCGGCACCUGGGAUCCCACAACAUAUGGGUUCGCUCCCUUGCGCUGGCUAGCCUCCAACUUCACCAAGGGCUCGAUACCCCACGACGGCGUGUGCGUCCGAGGCUUUGACCAAUUCGGCUUCAUGAUGGGUACCUCUUCAUCCCUCUUCAACCAAUUCUUGCUUCAGAACGUCACCGCCGUCGGUGAGGCUUCCGAUAUUCCCGACUUCGUCACAGAGACCAUAAAACACGUCCUCGAAGCCCUCGACGGUGCAGAAAACGACAUUGCUCAAUAUUCGCCCAAUCCAUUUUUAGGCUGGAAUCCCUCGACAAACCCCAACCACAAGGAUUUCCAGCUGUCGCUGGUAGACGGUGGCGAGGAUUUGCAGAAUCUUCCCCUCCAUCCCUUGAUCCAACCGAUGCGCCGCGUCGACGUCAUCUUUGCUGUUGACUCCUCUGCCGACACGGGCAACAACUGGCCCAAUGGCACUGCCCUGCGUGCCUCGUAUGAACGCUCCUUGGAAGAUAUUAGCAACGGCACCCUGUUUCCCCCGGUACCAUCUGCCGAGACCUUUGUCAACAACCGCCUGAACCAACGUCCGACCAUGUUCGGCUGCGAUGCGAACAACUUCACGCUCUCCAAGGGACAGGUUGUGCCACCUCUGGUUGUCUACAUCCCGAAUGCCCCCUACACCACCUUUAGCAACGUCUCCACGUUCAAGUCAUCCUAUUCCAUCGAGCAACGGGAUGCAAUCAUCACAAACGGCUUCAACUCGGCCACUCAAGGCAACGCCACCGUAGACCAAGAGUGGCCUGUGUGUGUCGCUUGCGCGAUCCUGAGCAGGAGUUGGUGGAAAUCAGGACAAGCUGCCCCUGAAGCGUGCCGCACUUGCUAUGACCGGUAUUGUUGGGACGGCAAGACAAAUGAUACUCGUGUCGAAAGUUACGACCCUGGUUUCAUUAUCAAAGAGGACUUUUCGGCUGAAAGCAGUGGCGCCAGUUUGCGUGGAUGCAAGCAUGCGCUCGCUGUAGGUAUUGCUUUGGCUGUUGUGCUCUUGGCUAAUUGAUCCCUGACCCUGGCUUCAGCACCGGGUGCAACAUUUAUGUGCGCCCUUGUGAUUUUAUAACAUUGGUUUCAUCUCAAGCUGUUUUAUUUGUUUUCAUAUGUCGGUCAAAAUUUGUUAGAAACUUGCUCUUUCUCCCAGGGAUGGGAAUGGGAAUCCGGAUAUAGAACAUACCGGCAAUUAGAUUACUUAGAAUAUUGUAUCAUCACCUAAACCACC